AUUUUUCAAAAAAUGACAUCCAUCUCCCCCACUCCCCACUUCCUCCCAAACAAAUACUCCUCCAUAGAAGCAUACCAAAAAAAAAACCUCUAAAAAUUCCAUUUCCUCUCUGCAAAAAACAUCAUGGCCUAGCUGUUUCUUGGAUCCAGAGAUUCUGGGUCUCUCUCUCUCUCUCUCAUUACUAUAUUUAAAUAAACACCUAUUUAAAAACCUUAGCCCACAAGACAUGGUUUUGGUAUUCUCCCAUUCUUCCUCCUCCCUAGGCUCCUCAAACCCCUCCUCCUCCUUCUCCUCGUCCUUAGCAUUGAAGUUUGUACUCUAGCUGUAAUGCCUGUAAAUCCAUGGCCUCUCUUCUUUUCCACUCUUCUCCUUCUCUUUUCCUUCAUCAUAACUUCUUCUUUCGCCCUCAACCCACAAGGCCAAUCCCUCCUCUCCUGGAAACAAACCCUCAACGGAUCCCUCGAGGCCUUGAACAACUGGGACUCCACCGAUGACACCCCCUGCGGGUGGUUCGGAAUCACCUGCAAUCUCGACGACGACGUUGUGGCGCUCAACUUGACUUAUAUCGAUUUAUUCGGUACCGUCCCUUCGAAUUUCGCCUCGCUCCUCUCCUUGGAGAAGCUCGUCUUGUCGGGAACGAACCUGACCGGUUCCAUCCCGAACGCGAUCGGUUCGCUCCCCGAACUCACGUACUUGGACUUGAGCGACAAUGCCUUGACCGGCGAAAUCCCGAGCGAGAUCCAAAACUUGCUCAAACUCGAGGAGCUUUAUCUCAAUUCGAACCGCCUCGUGGGUCCGAUCCCGGUCGGAAUGGGGAACCUCACUAGUUUGACGACGUUGAUAUUAUACGACAACCAACUCAGUGGCGGGAUUCCAAGCAGUAUUGGGAACUUGCAGAAUCUCGAAGUGAUACGAGCCGGUGGAAACAAGAAUCUCCAGGGGCCGUUGCCCCAGGAGAUUGGAAACUGCACCAACUUGGUGAUGCUGGGAUUGGCCGAGACUAGCAUCUCGGGUUUCCUCCCUCCUAGUCUCGGCCAAUUAAAAAAGCUCGAGACGAUCGCAAUCUACACGGCACUCCUCUCGGGCCAAAUUCCAUCCGAGAUUGGAGACUGCACUUCGCUCCAAUUCAUCUACUUGUACGAAAAUUCUCUCUCGGGUUCGAUUCCGAGGACCUUGGGGAAUCUGAAAAACCUCCAGAAUCUCUUGCUUUGGCAAAACAAUCUAGUUGGCACGCUUCCAACCGAGCUGGGUAAUUGCAGUGAGUUGUUGAUUAUCGACUGUUCCAUGAAUUCACUCACUGGAAAAAUCCCAGAUAGUUUCGGCAACUUGACAUCAUUGCAAGAGUUGCAGUUGAGCGUCAAUCAAAUCUCGGGGGAAAUACCGUCAAAUUUGGGAAAUUGUGCCGGUAUGACUCAGAUUGAGCUCGAUAACAAUCAAAUCACCGGUUCAAUUCCUGCUGAACUGGGGAAUAUCAGGAAUCUGACGAUCCUGUUCUUGUGGCAAAACAAGCUCGAAGGCAACAUACCUUCGAGUAUUUCGUUCUGCCACAAUCUGCAAGCCAUCGACCUGUCGCAAAACGCAUUGACGGGUCCCAUCCCAAAAGGUUUAUUCCAAUUGACCCAGCUGAACAAGUUGCUGCUGCUGUCCAACAAUUUAUCCGGCAAUAUUCCGCUGGAGAUCGGACAAUGCUCGAGCCUGAUUCGGUUUCGGGCCAACGACAACGACCUCACCGGACCGAUUCCGCCGCAGAUUGGGAACUUGUCGAAUCUGAAUUUCCUUGACCUCGGAUCAAAUCAGCUCACCGGGGUUAUACCGGCGCAGAUCUCCGGCUGCCGGAAUCUGACUUAUCUCGACUUGCAUUCCAACUCCAUCGCUGGGAACCUGCCGGAGAAUCUGAAUGAGCUUGUUUCGCUCCAGUAUGGGGAUGUUUCCGAUAAUCUCAUCGGAGGCACAUUGAGUCCGAGUCUCGGAUCGCUGAGUUCGCUCACCAAACUCGUCCUGGCGAAGAACCGGUUUUCGGGCCCGAUUCCAACGCAGAUUGGAUCCUGUUUGGGGCUUCAGUUACUGGAUCUGAGCAGUAACAACCUCUCCGGUGAGAUUCCGGCGAGCAUUGGUAAGAUUCCGGCGCUGGAAAUCGCUCUCAAUCUCAGUUGCAACGGCCUUUCAGGCGAAAUUCCGGAGGAGUUCACGGCGUUGAACAAGCUCGGAGUGUUAGAUCUCUCUCACAAUCAACUCUCCGGCGACCUUCAAUAUCUCGCCGGCCUUCAAAACCUCGUCGUGCUCAACGUAUCGGACAACGAUUUCUCCGGCCGGGUACCGGACACCUCGUUCUUCUCGAAGCUUCCGCUGAGCAUGCUCGACGGAAACCCCAACCUUUGCUUAUCCGGCAACCGCUGCGCCGCCGGAAACGGCGGAGGCUCCGCAGAGCACGGCCGAGCGGCGAGGGUGGCAAUGGUGGUGCUCCUCUGCGGGGCGUGCGCGCUCCUCCUCGCGGCUCUCUACAUCAUCCUCGGAGGUCAGAGGCGGGCCCACAAGGCCCACAUAAGCGAUGGUGACAUGGCGGAGAUGGGACCGCCAUGGGACGUCACGCUAUACCAAAAGCUAGACUUGUCUAUAGAUGACGUGGCCAAAUGCUUGACAGAUGGCAAUGUAAUUGGCCACGGACGAACCGGCGUCGUUUACAGAGCAAACGUCCCCUCGGGGCUAACCAUCGCGGUCAAGAGAUUUCAGCCGGCAGAGAAGUACUCGGCCUCCGCAUUCUCAUCGGAGAAUGCCACGUUGGCGCGGAUACGUCACCGGAAUAUCGUACGGCUUUUGGGUUGGGCUGCUAACAAGAAAACAAAGCUACUGUUCUAUGAUCAUUUGCCAAAUGGUACAUUAGGUGAAUUGUUACACGAAGGCGGCUGCGGUGGCAGAGUGGUGGAGUGGGGUAUUCGGUUCAAGAUAGCGUUGGAUGUGGCCGAAGGGUUAGCUUAUUUGCACCACGACUGUGUCCCGGCUAUCCUGCACCGGGACGUCAAGGCGCACAAUAUACUCUUGGGCGAUCGGUACGAGGCCUGUUUGGCCGAUUUUGGAUUAGCUAGGCUGGUGGAGGAUGAACAUGGCACGUUUUCGGCUAAACCACAGUUUGCCGGGUCCUACGGCUACAUUGCACCUGAGUAUGCUUGCAUGCUAAAGAUCACCGAGAAGAGCGAUGUCUACAGUUACGGCGUAGUCCUGCUUGAAACCAUAACCGGGAAGAAACCAGUGGACCCAUCCUUCCCCGAAAACCAACACGUCAUCCAAUGGGUCCGCGACCACCUCAAGAGCAAGAAAGACCCAGUUGACAUCAUUGAUCCGAAAUUACAAGGUCAUCCCGACACGCAGAUACAAGAAAUGCUCCAGGCGCUCGGCAUAUCCCUCCUCUGCACUAGCAACCGCGCAGAGGACCGUCCAGCUAUGAAAGACGUCGUGGCAUUGCUAAGGGAGAUUCGACAGGAGUCCGGGGCGGGAGGGGAGGCCAAAAAAUCCGCCAAGAACUCGGAAGUUGGGUCGUAUUCGUCGUCGUCGGUGACUCCGGCUCAGUUGAUGCUCCUUCAGGGGUCGUCGAAUUGUUCGCUUGUCUAUUCAUCUUCGUCAGGUAGUUAUCUCUCAGGAAGUAAUAUUAAUCAAUAACAAGAGGUGGAAUGACAAUUGAAAUAGAAGUAGAUGGUAACCUUUAAGGAGUUUAAUGGAGUUCAGUGUAUAGCAUUUUUAGAAUUAUUGUUCCUCAAUUAUGUCACAAAUGAAGCUAUUUUGCAAAACCAAAUCUCAAAUGGGACGAUUCCCCAAAGGAAGAACCAAUCAAUUGAGAACUUCAUUUCUCUUUGUUCUUUCCUU